AUGAAUCUGCCUUUAUUUACAGAAGAAGAGAUAGUUGAUGGACAAUCAAUCCAAGAAAUAAUUGGCGGGAGCUUGGAGGGCAUAAGUAUUGAUCUCUAUGAGAUCCUCGAAGUCGAACGUGGCGCAUCAAAGGAUGAAAUUCGGAAGGCUUAUCGCAAAGCGGCGUUAGCGAGCCAUCCAGACAAAGUCCCCGAAGCGGAGCGAGAAGAGGCGGAGAUCAAGUUCAAAGCGGUUCAACAGGCAUAUGACAUUCUUUACGAUGAGGAUAAACGCCAUUUGUAUGACACACAUGGUAUGGGCGCUUUUGAUGGAUCAGGCAACCCCGGGAUGGGCGGUGGCCCGGACUUGGACGAUAUACUAGCCCAAAUGUUUGGAGGCAUGGGUGGUAUGGGAGGUAUGGGAGGUAUGCCUGGCUACGGCGGCGGUGGACGACCACCCAAACCCAGAAAGAGCCCGGACGAAGAGACGAAAUACGAGGUCAGCCUAGAAGAUCUUUACAAAGGAAAAACUGUCAAGUUUGCCAGCACCAAGAACGCCAUCUGCGGACUAUGCAAGGGCAAGGGUGGAAAAGACAAGGCUGUCGCAAAAGAAUGCUCGACUUGCGGCGGACAAGGAUACAAGGAAGUGCUUCGUCAAAUGGGUCCCAUGUUGACUUCGUCUAUGGCUCCUUGCACUGUGUGCGACGGACAGGGAAGCUUUUUUGCCACAAAGGAUAAAUGCAAAAAGUGCAAAGGCAAGAAGGUCACGGAGGAGAAGAAAAUGCUUGAAAUAUACAUCCCUCGAGGAGCCAAAGAAGGAGAUCGGGUUGUUUUAGAAGGGGAGGCCGAUCAAGUACCUGACCAAGAGCCAGGCGACAUCGUGUUCCACCUUGUCGAGACUGAACAUCCAGUUUUCCGUCGAGCUGGUCCUGAUUUGACUGCCGAUCUCGAAAUCACCCUUGCCGAAGCCCUGACUGGCUUCUCUCGUGUGGUCCUAAAACAUCUAGACGGACGAGGCAUUGAAAUCACCCAUCCCAAGAAACCAAGCGAUGUCCUAUCACCAGGACAGGUCUUGAAAAUUCCCGGAGAAGGAAUGCCACUCAAAAAGAGCGAUGCUCGCGGAGACUUGUAUUUGAUUGUCGAUAUCAAAUUCCCCGAUAAAGACUGGACACCCAGUCCCGCCGCCUUGGAGAAAUUAAGAGAAAUUCUGCCGAAAUCGACUCGGCCACCAAUCACAACCGAAACUGUGGAUGAAGUCGACUACGAGUCGGAUGCCGAUAUUGAAGCAUUCGGCCAAGGCGAUCCUCGAGGAGGUUCCGGAUGGCAAGACGAAGACGAAGAAGGCGAGCCAGCGCAGUGCGCGACUCAAUAA